AUGGUAAUUGGGUCCAUGGAUUUAAAUGGAGAUGGUCCUUUGACGGGGAUGUUGGAGAGAUUUUCUUCUGUGAAGACGGAGUUGUUAAGGCGACGGGGUGGUUACGACGUCACUCACCGACGCAGAAGCAACAUCAACCACUAUGCGGGUGUUCUGCGUGCAGCUAAAUCCCUACCGCAUGUUACACACCGUUUGCAAGCUUUCAGAUCUCCUGAACGGUCGGAAGCCUUACAUGUUGACGUAGUGGGCCAAGGCCACCUAUGGAUAAAAGUCAUUGCAAGAAAAGCGCAAGCUCUGUAUCUCAUCUGGGCUGUACAAGGUCAAUUUGAUGAGCGAGAUAUUGUUGAUCAAGGUUUGGAUUACAUAGCGGCGUCGAAGGUUCACCCGGAAGACUUUACGGACCCGAGUAUUGUGUUUGCUUUCUAUGGUGGGGUGAGAUCAACACUAGCGGACAAAAUACGUGAUCAUGGUAUUGUAGUCAUAGGACAUUGCGUUCCUUUGGACGAUGCAGCUGAUGCGUUUGAAGCUAGACUAGACAGCGUGUAUCUGAGUUAUGCGGAUGAUAGUGAAGGCCUCGCAAUCGGAAUCGAAAACGCCGCCGAGACACUUGAUAGUGUCGAUGCACGGAUAGCUAAUAGCGAUGGUGAAAAAGAACCAGUACUUAAAUGUCUAUAUAGAACCGGUUGUGUUGUAAAUGAAUCUCGAUUUAAGAAGCGGCUGGCAACGGAGUAUCUUCGUCCUGUGGGUGAAGACGAAGACGAACAGCUGGUGUCAGUUGACUCUGUUCUUGAGAAAAUAACUUUUGAGUCGAUCAACAGUAAUCCAAGAGUGAACCUAGAUGUAACAACACUAAUAACAUUGCUUUUCUCGGUUGCUAAUUGCAACUGUUUCUUCAAAUUUCACGAAAAGAUACUUGCACAUCAAGCCGAAGAUGAAAGGGAUAAUCUUGUUCUGCCCACGUUAAAAGCUUUCCUCAAGGGAAAACAAAUGUUUAGUUAAAAAACUGCGGUGGGCAGUUUCAAGCUCAUUCUGGAUACGUUGGGCGGAGCAGGAGAACGCCUUCGAGCAGAGACUUUGUUGCCAACGAUAACCGUCGUACCUGACGACCCAUCAAUUCGAACGACUUCAAUGCCAAUUACUGGGAAUAUUAAAGAUAGGUCUAAGAUCAUAUUCGGCACAGGUGAUAGCCUUCGUGCAGUGACGGUAACUGCGAACUCAGGCUUCGUACGCGCCGCAAAUCAUCAGGGAGUGAUGUUGUCCGUUUUUCUUCAUGCCUCGCGGGCGCUCACGGAGCGACGGGAAGAAAGCGAGGAGAGAAUCGAAAAGGAGCAGGAGUCAAUUUAA